AUUUUAGCAGCAAACUUAUAUUUCAUACCCGUAUUUAAAAAUUCUGUUUUCGUUUAUUAACUUAUAAGCUACAUCCAUGUCUUUCAUGUACAAUGGAAACGCACGCUGCCAUAUUAUCACAAGCAAAUAAUCUACAAAAUCCAUAUCGAAUCCACAUAUGCGACAGACUAUAAACAAAGCUCGCCGAUGUGGCAAAAAUGCAGAUAAAACACUAUACGUGUCUUGGCGUUAAUUUAUAGAGCCGCGAGGAGAUAUGAGAUGAGCGUGGGUGGUCAAAGAGGUACACAGACCGUCCUGGAAAGACCCAGAUAAGAGAUGAAUACCUGGCGAGCUUUUGUUAAGCCUUCCACUGGUCCGCUCAUCUGGACUUAUUCUCAGUUAUGAAAUGAGAGUAAGAUACGUUCGCACGCUAUGUAUACUUUUUAAUAAAUAAAAUUAAUGAGAUAAUUCAUAAAUUUUAUUUUAUGUAUAUAGAAUUUUUGUAAUAAUGUCUGUGAGAUGUAAAUGAGAUUUUUUGCAGAUCUGCAGCUCUACAACACUUAUCCACCAGUCGCCACUGUUUGCUGGGUUAUCUUUCGAUUCGAUGUGACAUAUGGCCUCAUUAAAACAUGAAUAAUUGAUAAUAAAACUAAUUUUAUAAAUAAAUAAAAUUAUUUCUGUAUAAAAAAUGUCGAUUUGUCAUAUAAUCUUUAUCAAGAGAUUCAACCUUUAAGUUAUCUUUAAAUUGUUAUUUAAUCCCGAAAUUUUUAAAAAAAAUAUUUGCAUAUAUUUAAUCAAUUAGUUUUUUGACCGACUCUAAUAAUUCAACAAGAUCUAACAAUUUACAAUGAAUAAGUUCAAUAUCUUCAUUUUUGGAACAUCUAUUUUUGCGGUUGUUUUUGGUACAAUAACAAAAACCAGUGAACAUAAUAAGAUUAAUCAAAAUUAUAUUUUAACAUAUUUUGAUGCUCCUGCCGUUGGUGAAGCAUUGAGAUUCCUUUUAAGUUAUGGAAACCUGGAUUGGGUAGAUAAACGUAUCCAACUUAGACAAUGGGUUAACUUAAAACAUACAAUGCCUUUUGGUCAAAUGCCAUCUUUAGAAUACGACGGAAAACUCGCUCACCAAAGUGUAGCAAUUGCAAGAUAUUUAGCCAAGCAAGUCAAUCUCACAGGAAACAAUGAUUGGGAAAAUUUAGAAAUUGACGCUGCUGUUGAUACUAUUACUGAUUUGCGAUUAGUACUUGUUGCAUAUAAGUAUGAAAAGGACCCAAUUAUCAAAGAAAAUAAAAAAGGACCACUUUUUAAUGUAACUCUACCGUUCUACCUAGAAAGAUUGGAGGCACAAGCUAAAAGAAACCGAGGAUAUUUAGCUGCUGAAAAGUUGACUUGGGCUGAUCUAUUUUUCGUAUCCUUCUUGGACUACUUUAAUUGGCUAGUAAACAAGGAUAUCAUUGCCGAGGCUCCAACCUUAAAAAAAUUGAAUCAAACAGUAUGUGAAAUACCAAAUAUUAAAGCAUGGAUUCAAUCACGUCCACCAGUGAAUUUCAACAUGUUUUCACUAUAGUCAAAUAGAUGUAAUUGCAAUUAUUUUCUAUUUGUUCUGAUAUAUUUUAAAUAAAACAACUUUUAUAACGUUCAAUAUAGCUUUUAUUUUCCAUUAUAUUUUUAGAAGUUAAAUUUACAUGAACUUACAUUUAUCAAAAUAAAAUAAAUUUGCUCUUUCUUUAAGGGCUAUACACAUACACAUAUUUAUAAUAAAUUAAAAAAAAAAUCACAUAAAAUAAGUGGGAUAAUUUGUAAACAAUAUGAAAAAUAAAAUAAUCUAAUAUCACUAUAGAAUUUGGGUUUUGUAUAAGUGGUUUAAUUUUUUAAAAUAAUGCAUAAUUCUGCUUAUAACAAUUAGAAAGAAAAUAUAAUUGUCUAAUCUACAUUAUAGUCUACUAUUUAGAGAUAAAUUUCUUUGGUGAUUGAUAACUUUUAGAUUUUCUAGGUUUUAUCACAAAUUCUAGGAAUGCAAAAAAUAUUCUAUAAAAAUAUAAUAACUUCUUAAAAAUAAACUAAAAUGUAAUAAUAAAUGUUGUUUCUUAAAAAUUAAACAUCAUAUAACAUAGUAUACAAAAAUAUAAUACAAUAAGCAAUAAUAUUACACAAAUAAAAAUAAUUUAAUAGAAAAGGUGUAUUGCGCCUCGUAAGCUCAGGUAAAAUUAUGUUUAACAGAUGUAGAUUUAAGUACUUUUUAAGUAAAUUUUAUACAAUAUGAAUUAUGUAAACACCCCAGCGUUAUGCUGACUGGUUAUUCCCAUAGAGCACACAUUAUUUCAGAAAUAUUUCAAACGUUUCAAAUAUAUAACAUUUCAAUCACAGGUUUCUGAAAUAUUUUAGUUAAAUAUUUCACUGAAAAUGUUUCUGAAACAUGGUAUACAUGUUACACAAAAGGCUACUAAACGGGUUAUGUCGUAAAAGGUCAACAAUUAAUGAAGAAUUUCCGAUUUGUAAGAAUAAGAUGGGAUAUGUAGUUAUGUUAUCAUGUCCCUGUCCAGUCACCAGCUAGAAACAAGCCUAUACAGGGUGUUUCCGAACUUGGCGUCCAAAUUUGUAGGGGUGGUAGUUCGCAUAAUUUGAGAGCGAUUGGCAGAUUUCAUUUUUCUAAAAAAAUUAUAAUAAACAAAAUAGAGCCAUUAUAAAAAAAAAUCAAAAAGCAGGUCCUACCCUGAGCGCGUAGCGCAAUAGUCGCCUGAUCGGUUACUUAUCGGGAUUUACAACUCAAAAACAGAUGCGAUUUGGAAAUUUCUCUCUCCACCCGGCCGGUAUCGAAAGACGUAGCCGAUUGUUUUUCUAGUGCGAUCGUAGCGCGCGCGAGUCGAGGCAAUCCCAUCGUUGUGCAGGACCGUACCUGUUUAAAAUUUUUAAUUAUUUUUAUUUUAAAUAUUUUGAAAAAAUGAAAUCUGCGAAUCGGUCUCAAAUUAUGCGAACUACCACCCCUACAAAUUUGGACGCCAAGUUCGGAAAAUUAAAUGAUUAUAGAUUUGAGUUGUUGGUUUUUGAUAUUCAUGCGUUGUGAACUUGUUAUAUGGGAAGCAGAAUAUGUCUUUUGAAAUUACGGUGAGAACUACAUAAAUAAUGCUUGCUUAGGUGGAUCUUCAUGUUUUGUUUAGACAUGAGUAUUGUUUUAUUAUAGUUAAUUUAAAAUAAUAUUAAUAAAACUAUUGUUAAUCAAAUAAUUUGUAUAAAUCCUUUUUAAUUACCUAUAUUUUGUUUCAGAUUAGUGCAUUUAAAGAAAUUGAUGGAAAUGAAGCAAUUUGCCAGCUUUGGGGCUGUGCCAAUAAAAAUAACAUCCAAGUUAUUCAAAGUUUCCAGAAUAAAGUAUUAAGGAACAUCGUCGACGCAUUCUGAUACUGCCGUAAUACUGAUCUUCAUAGGGACCUUAAAGUGGAGACUGUUGAAAAUACAAUACAAAAAUUUGCCAGUAGUUACCAACAACGACUGCUCUAACAUGGAAACCUUAAGAUUAUCCAGUUCCUCAAGAAUCCCAAUCUAAUAAGAAGACUCCAAAGAACCAGGCCUUUUGAGUUACUUCAGUGAUGUUAGAUUAAAACAGAGUAUAGUGUGGUUAAAAAAUGUUAUACGCUAACGGUAGUGUAACUAAAUAAUUAGAUUCUAAAGUACUCUAUAUAGUGAGUAGAAUCUUAGUUUAGGACAUUUUUCAUCCCUAGAUAAGUUAUAAAAUAAAAUUGCUAAUUGAUCUUAAUGAUUAGAUCAUAAUAAUCGUAAAUGUUUCUUUACUACUAGUUGUUUCAAAUUAGUGCAUUUAAAGGAAUUGGUGGAAAUGAAGCAAUUCACUUCUAUAUUUUAUGAAAUAUUCUUUAAAACAUAUUUAUUUGUUUGUUUAAGAAUCAAUGUUUGAGUUUUGUGUAUUUUAAAUAAACAUGUAGAAAAAAACUAGAAUACAUUUCUGAAAUAUUACUAUUUAAUAUUUCUAAAAGAUUUAUAAUUUUCAUUUCAGAAAUAUUACUGUGAAAUAUUAUAUUUAAAGGACAUUUUUUUACGUUUCAGGCAUAUUUCAGAAAUAUUUCUGGGAUGUUUCGUAAUAUUUAUACAACAUUGCAAAUGUUUCAAAGUAACAUUGUUGAAAUAUUUCCGAAAUGUGUUUGUGCUAUAUGGGAUGGGAUGUAAUCAAGGUCAAACGGAACACGAGCUUGUCACGUAACAUCUCUUUCUGUUUAAAUUAAUUUAAUCUUAAAAAUAAUAGAAAUAAAAUGAGAAUUAUUGUAUUGCUAUUUUUUUUUUUUUUUUAAUUAUACUAUGUUAUACGACUAAUAAAAAAUAUUUAAUAAUUAAAUUAAAAUAGUUUGUACUGCAUAGAAUACAUGAAAUUAAAGUGAGUUUAUAUAUAAAGGUUUUUCCAAAUUUUAGCUCAAUGUAUACAUUUCGGUAACUAUAAGAGUUAUAACUUUGGUUAACUAAGAGAAGUUUUACAUUUACAGAUUUUUAGUUUAGAUCCAUCUUCAAAAUUUUUGCUAGUUUUUGAGAAGUGUCAAAAAAACGCCAUUUUCUUUCUUUUCGUAUUAUAGUGUUGCUUGUAGAGGUCACAAAAGACUGAAAGUACAAUAUGGCAUAAUUUGUUUUUGAGUACGACGUUUCGUUUUUUGGGCCCAUCAUCAAUAUUUUUUUUUAAAUACGGACCUGUUUUUUAUACCGAUUUUAAUUCACGAUUUAAUUCACAAAAUCUCGUUAUACCUAGACAUAAAUUAGUUAUGGCAAGUAAAGGACCUCUAAUUACAGCAAUCAAGCUUUACAAUAAACUUCCGGAUAACAUAAAAUGCAUAAAUGAUGUUAAAGCUUUCAAAACCCAAGUAACAGAGGUCUUACUAGAUCACACUUUUUAUAGUGUUGAGGAAUACCUCAACUGCAAUUUUACUUAAAUGUUUUGUUAUAAUUUCUUAAAUGUUUUAAAUGUAUUGUUUGUAACGAAUUAUGUAUAAGUUUGUUUUUACUCAUACAUUUUUGUCUUGUUUGUACAUUUUGUGUGACGUUUACUAUACCUAUGUAUUCAGGUCUACAGAAAUAAAUGAUUAUUAUUAUUAUUAUAUUAAUUUUCACGCGCCUGUCAUUUGUCAGCUGUAAGUAGGCUUUUUUUUUUGUUUAUUUACAUUAUCAGUUUUGUGGCGGGCUUUUAUAUUUUUGAUUUUUUAAUUGUUUUUGGAUAAUAUUCUCAUUAUAAUAGUGUUUUUGAGUUUCAUUCGGUGUUUAUUAUACUUCACACAGUAAUAUGUGAAGAGUAUUAUAGUUCUGAAAAACGAAAAAUUUUUAGAAAACCUAUAUAAGGGGACGAAGCAUAUUGAUUUAAAAAAUCUGUUUAAAAAUGGAUGGUUAAGGGGGAUUGAAAUUUAAAAAUAUCAUAUAUUAAAAACAAAUAGUGAUAUCAAGUCAAAAUUUUCGGGAAAAAUCAAGCUCUAUAAGGAGACCAAGCCUAUUGAUUUUGAAAAAAUCUGAUUAAAAUGAGGGGUUUAAAGGGGGUUGAAAAUAAAAAAAAUUAUAAAUCAAAAACGAAAAACGAUAUCAACAUGAUAUUUUUGUAAAAAUCAAGCUCUGUGAGGGGAUAAAGCCCAUUGAUUCUGAAAAACUCUGAAUGAGGGGCUGAGGGGGUUAAAAUAUUAAAAAACUCAAAAAGGAAAAAUUAUAUAAAGUUAUCAACAUGUCAUUUUAUGUAAAAAUCAAGCUCUAUAACAGGAUAUCAUGUGUUUAAGAUUAAAUUUGUUAAAAAUUUGCAUUUGGCUGGUAAAUUUCAUUUUUAAACACACACUACAAGAAUUAAGCAAAUUUAAUACCCACAAAUUUCGAAUUAUUACAAAUAAAACUAUCAGUGACAAUAAGUGAACAUGAUGCCAAUGUUGUCAACUGAUUUAAAAAACAUUGACAAAUCAAUAUAAUUAAAUCGGUUUUAUAAAAAUCCUUAGCAUGAUUACAUAUUUGUAGACACAAGUCUUUCAACUGCUACAAGGUCUAAAAAUCCGCUGAAGCAUCGGGAUUCGGCUACUGUUGGCAACAGUGGAAAAGGCCUACUUUACAACUGUGUGUGUGUCACAUUUUAUCAUUUUACGACGUUUCGAGCCAAAUAUCAAUUUAAAAUAAGCAAAAUCCGAACCUGCAUUUUUUUUAAAGAUUUACAUUUUUAAUUAGUAGAAAAUUAUUUCUCUUGUUUUACACCGCAAGGGUCGCCUAUCUCCGCUCCUUUACAACAUAUAUUGCUUUGAUUUUCCUUCAGGUCAGUUACACCUCAAUGCAAUAAAUUACACACUCCAAUACGCAGAUGACACGGCCUUGAUAUCGCAGGAACUACGCUGAAUCAAACCAUCACAGCACUACAAAAUCAAUAAAACGAAGUUGUGCAAUGGCUCAAUAAAUGGAGAUUACAAGUUAACCCACAAAAAUGUCAAUUAAUGAUACCCUAUCAUGAUCUAAGACCGACAUCACUUACACUCAUCAUAUCUAACCAACCAAUAUAUCCUGUAUCCUCAGUGAAAUACCUAGGCCUUAUUAUUGAUAAUAAGCUGAACUUCAAUGAACACACCCGCAGACAAAAAAAAAUCAAAACCAGAGCCAAUCGUUUCCGCUCUUUAACAUACAAAAAAGAAGGUAUCAACAUCUACACGGUCACUAAAAUCUACAAACCAAUUUGCAGACCUCUCCUGGAAUACGGCCACACUAUAUAUUUAAACUGCCGAAAACCUGCAUUAAAAAACAUUCAGGUGGCCGAAACUUCUACACUAAGAAUCAUUACCAAGAUGAUACAUCCUGAAAACCCCACUCACCAUCCAGCGAAUGAAUAUCUUUACGAAAAAACUAAGAUUCAGUAUAUCCUGGAAAGAAUUAGAAAAUAAACAUUUUUUCGAUGCAACGACAAAUUGGUCAAGCAAAGUUUAAAUACCCAGUGAGUUCAAUAACAGAAAUCUUAAACGAAUUUGCCGAUGAACAAUAAUUAGUGACACAUAUUGUUUUUUUUAAGUAUCUUUAUAUUCGUAUUCAUCUUACACAUAUAGCUUGUAAAUCCUCAUACAUCCUAUACAUAUUGUACUGGCUGAAGGACCUAGGUCGAUGGCCAUUUGGUUGUAAUAUUCAUAAACAAUAAAGUGCUUUUAUUAUUAUUCUCUUGUUUUAAUCUAUUUACUAUCUUUAAAAGUAAAGAUUUUUGUUAGGAAUAGUCUAUUUUUUAAUUGCAGGUCCAGGAUGUAGCUUAUUUUAAAUUUAAAACUGAUGAUUUUAAGACUCGAAACGUCGUAAAAUGAUAAAAUGUGGCACAUAGUUGUAAACAGCAUAUUUUUCCAAUUGAAAUCGGUAUAAAAAACAUUAGUUAUGUAUUCAUAAAAAAAGGAAGAUGAUGGUUCAAAAAAAACGAAACGUCGUGCUCAAAACAAACGAUGCCAUAUUGUAUGGAUGAAAAAGUGCCUACAGAGAAAUGCUUUUUCUUCACAACCAACACUAUAAUAUGAAAAGGAAGAAAAUGACAAAAAACUAGCAAAAAUUUUAAAAUUUAAACUAAGAAUCUGUUUACGUAAAAAUUCCAAUACUUUGAAUUAAAAUUUGGAACACCGUGUAUAGAUAGUUAUUAAUUUUUUCCAAUCAUGAAUGUUUUGUUUCUGUUUUUUUUUUUUGUAUAUAAACUCAUUUUUACAAAUUUGUAAGUCACGUAGUUCGGAAGCCAAAAGCUGUUUCAAGACACAUGUCUAAGAGCUUCUACUGAAUUGGUCUAACAUUGUGGGUAUAUAAAAAACAAACCAAAAUAAAAUCUAAUUAUUAUUUUUUCUUAAUGCUGUAUUGACAAAUGCUUACCAGGAUCAAAGGAAAACUAAACGGUAUUUAAUAUUAUAUUUUUAGUUAUAUUUCUUUGAUCUAAGUGUUUCCAUAAAUGUACCAUGUUAGGCUUUAAAUUGUCAAACCAUAUACAUUCAUUUAUGAAGAUUCCUAUAAUAAAUAAAUAAAAUUAUAUAUUUUCGCACACACAUCUUCAAUUGUUUCAUACGUAUAUAUUUCCAUUUGUUAAAAUUAAUAUCAUUUGAUUGCUUUGAUUCCAAUUAAUCUAAUUCAUUCUAUUUAUUUAUUUUACAAUACUAGCUCUCAUCCAUACCUCAAAAAUAUAUCCAGUAGUUUUUGAGAUAUGUACAAUUUUUCCACGAUACAUCCAGAUUUUGACUUUACCCGCACACUAUUUCUAAAAUACUUUAAAUUGUAGAGCAAGACUUUAUUAUCUUAAAUAAUAAAUGUACCGAAUCUAUGUUUACAUUUUUAUUUUCAUUUUAAAAAUAAUUAUGGAGAAAUAUGGUCUAGCCAGGAUAAACUCCAAAACAUAAUUUGAGUAUUUAAGAAUUAUACAGAGUGAAUCCAAAGUUGAUACCUUUUUUUUAAUUGUGUAUAGAAGUCCAUAAAAUAAACAACUUUUUGAAAUACCUCUUUUUAAAAAAAUUCAAAAAUAACAAAAGGCCGUUAAUUCAUUCCGAAUUGUAUCCAAUAAGUGAGUAAACCCCCCCAUGGGAAUGCAUCGAAGAACUAAGAACACUGGCAGACCGAAGUAGAGUAAAACUAUUUUGGGUGCCAGGUCACCAAGGGAUCGAAGGCGACGAAAAGGCUAACGAACUUGCAAAAAGAGGGUCAGAAGAAACCCGGAACCAGACACAAACCUAGGAGUACCAAAAAGUACAGUCCGGGGUUUCAUAAACGACUGGAUUCGGGAACAACAUAUUAACUAUUGGGGAAGCGCCCCAAAACAGGCUCAUGGAAUAGCCUUCAUAGACAGACCAACGUUACAACGUGGUCGGGCCGUACAAACGGGCAACGCUGAUAUUAUUCGUUUCCUGCUUGUCUACUGCUUACUCCGUAGUUUUCACAUGCACUUGAGCAAAAUGUAUUGAAAAACAUUCAGUGGUCGACACUGUAUACAAGAUGGAACCUUCAGGACUUGCGUGUGUGUUUAUGUAUAAUAAAUAUAACGGCGUUAAUAAGCAGUUUUAAAAGUACUUGCUCACAAUUUACAAUUCAAAUAAAAUUUAAAGAUAUAAAUGUUCAGAAAAAAUAUAAUAUCUAUUUUUAGGGUAAUAAUAUAAAAAUAAAUUAGAAGUACUCUAUAUAGAUAAUUUCCUAACAAAAUAUCAAAUACACUAUCACAUUAUUACAUAUAUUUGAGGUGUUAAGAAUAAACACAAAAGAAAUUGACACUACAGGCACUUUUGAAAGAAAACUUAAAAUGUAUACAUGAUAAAUUAUAAAGAAUUUAACGAUUUUACUCCAACAAGAAUAUGUAGGUAAUUAAAAAUAAUAAUUCAAGGUGUUAUUUUUUUUUUGACAAUCAACAUCUUAUAUUCCAAUAAAUAGGAAACUUAAAAGUAUCAUCAGACAUUCCUUAUCAAAUAAUGAAAUUGAAUUACUUUGUUUCUUUUUCGUAUUUAAAAUUCUGUAAGCAUACGAAAUAAAAAAUAUUUAAUUUUAGAAAAAUAUUGAUGAAGUUCUUUUAAAUAUAAAAAAAAGAAUACUCCGAGAUUGUUAAACGAAUUUAAAUUUUUUUACAUAAUUAUUAAGAAUGGGACACAGAACAACUGCUUAAAAAUAAGACGAUUACAUGCUUAGGUAAAAUGUUACUUGUUUCCGAAAUACAGGGUGUUAAAUUGGCAAAAAAUUAACGGUUUUAAUUGUUUUAUCACUCAGUAUAAUUGUACUAAAUUCAGCAAAAAAAAUCAGAUAAAUAAACUUUGCCAGUGGCGUGUGACAUGGGUAAGUAAUACCUUCAUACUCUCUAAAUUUUACACUACUGUCCAAAAACUUAUUUGGACUAUAAUUUUACAUUUUUUGAUGUUUUUUUUUUUUAACUAAAUUAUGUACUUUUGUAGGGAACUUAUAAAGUAAUUGAUUUUCGAGAUAUUCGCCCACAUUUAUUUCUUCUUCUUUUUUCUUUAUCUUAAAAAACUUUAACAAUUCGUUUUAAAUAACAUUUAAAGUAAAUGGCUGUGGCUAUUUAUCCCUCUAUUUAGAUGGAAAAGUGUUUAUAGGCUUAUAAUAAUUUCUUCAAUUUAUCAAUGAAAAGUGUGAGAUCAAAGAUCUAAAAAUAUAAAAUAUUUAAAGAAAACGUGGUCUAAAGGGGAUAGAGGAGAAAAUCUAACCCAUAAAAACAGAGACAUGUAAAAAUAAAAACAAAAAAGAUAAAUAUGAUAAUCAACGCGAAAAUAGACUGACAUGAUGAUCACAGAGAUAUCGAUGACCCAUCACCUUUUAUUCAUCUCGAUAUAUACAGGGUGUUUCAGAAUAAAAGCUAAAUAUAAUUUUCCUGUAAACGUUUUCAUUCUACAGGGUGAUAAAAGUGAAUUUUAUAAAUGCAUAAUUUUCCCUUACGGUCAAAAUUUUAACUUAAAAAUAUGAAUAUGCUAGUUAAUCGUCAUUAUUAGUCAACACACUUUAUUUCGAUAAAUUACGAUAACCCAUUGGCGUAGAAUAAAGGGUUAUGAAAACUUUUUGAACACCCUAUAUUUCAUAAAAGUUAAGAUUAAUAAUUAUCCUCACUCAAUUUGUCACAAAUAAGGGACUCUUGGAUGAUCUCUGUAGAACAUUCUAUUUCCGAGAUUUUUUAGUUUUAGUCCUACUGAAACAUGAAAUCUAUGUUUAAUUUUAUUGAGGGCCGAGUAUUAAAAGGUCCAUUAUCUAAUAGGACCAAGAUUUUAUGGACUUAAUGGACCUUUUAAUAUUGAUUAUAAAAUUGACCCUUAAUAAAAAUAUGUUUUUUUAAUAAUGUAGGGUCAACUGGGGUAAUUGUAAACAAGGGGUUAUUGUAAACACACCAAUAACUUUUGAAUUUGGCGGAUUAUAGUUUCCUUCUACACAGUGCAAGAUGGCACCACGCAUCUUCUAUUCAGUCCCAUGUCAACCUUGUAGCCUGUUGCAUCGUUUUUUUUUUUGUUAAUUUAUGAUAUAAAAACGAAAUACUUCAUUAUUUUGAUUGUGAAUUAUAAAUAAAAAUUCAGUGUGAUAACCGUUUUUCAACUGGUAAGUUGAUUUUCAUGGCAUAUAGUUAUUGUUAAGGCCAUAUCCAACGUUUUUAUGCAUGCACAAAUCUUAGGUUAUAAUGCACUCUAUUUUAAUGGAUGUGUUUACAUUUGGCCCUGAAUUUUCUGAGGAAGGGGCAAAGGUAAACAAACUCUUGGGACAAAUGUGAACAUGUAUAAAUAUGUACUUUUAUAUAUUUUCAGGUACAAAUGGUUCGAAAUUAUAUAAGAAAAAAGCCUAUUGCUCAGAGGUACUCUGAAGCAGAUCUAAUAAAUGCAGUACUUGAUGUGGUUAACCACAAUAAAAGCUAUAGAGAAGCCCAGGCUACCUGCACCCAUUGCGUAAUUUAUCAUCGUAUCAAGGGGAGGAAAAAUCCAUUAAAGGUAACUGGUGGUCGUUAUUCUGUGUUGCCUGAAAAUGUUGAGAUGGCGAUUGAGAAUUGCCUAAAAGCGCGGUCGCGCAUGGGUUGCCCUUGUGAUCGCAAAGAAUUAUGCUCUUUAGUUGGAGAGUAUGUGACAUCUAAGGGCUUAAAAACUCCCUCCAAAAAUAACAUACCUGGGUAUGAUUGGUAUCCAAAUUUUAUGAAACGACAUCCAACUUUAGCUUUCAAGAAGCCAGAACAUCUUCAGAAAAUAAGAAAAGAUGCUAGAGAUCCAUUCGUUGUAUAUGACUUUUACGAAAAACUACGUGAGUUGGUUCAAAAAUGUGGGCUCAUUGGCGACGAUAAGGGAUGUUUUAUAUUUAAUGUUGAUGAAAGUGGCUUCAACAGCGAUCCUUCUAGAGUUCGGGCUAUAGGUGAAAAGGGGGUACCAUUGUCUAGGGUAUCAGGAGGAUCAGGGAGAUAAUCUACUACUGUCUUAGCAUGCAUUGCUGCAGAUGGAUCAUUUUUACCUCCAUUUAUUGUGUUGUCCAAGCCCGUUGGACCUCUGAAAAUGUGUAUCAUGGUACAAUAUAUGGAGCAUCUAAAAAUGGAAGAGCCCCACUUUUAGCAAUGGUUCAUAACCUUAUUCAUAUCAAAUGCUAACAGAGUUCGAAAAGAACGGGUUGUGCCUGACCAGACUGCUCUUUUGUUAUUCGACGGCCACAGUAGCCAUAUCAGCGUUCCGAUAGUGAAUGCUGCGCUUGAACACAUUUCAUUACUUAGGUUCCCAAGUCAUCUAACAAAUAGGAUAUAACCACUAGAUAAAUGCGUAUUCGGACUUAUCAAAAUUUAAUGGGACUUGGGAAUCUUGGUUGAUCAUGGAAAAUCUGAAAUGGGAAAGUCUUGUGGACGUUUUACCAGACGUAAGUUCUCAGAAUUGUUAAAAAAAGUUUGGGAACAAGGCAUGACCCCCGAAAACAAAAUUUCAGGCUUCGAAACGACUGGAGUUUUUCCAGUUGAUUCUCUGAAAUUUUCCGAAAAGUAUUUUGAUCCAAAUUUAUUGCGAAAGUAUAGAGAACACCAAAGCACUUCCAGUAACCAAGAAUUAGGAAGCAUUUCUGAUGAAUUACCUGGAGCCUCGUCAAGCCAACAUGAUCAACUGGGGCACAUUUCUGAGACAUUAUGUAGACUCUCGACGAGCCCAAAUGACCAGAUGAAAUCAGAUAAACCCAUAUUGACAAGUGACUCUAAUUUACCUGAAUCAGAACACCAGGAUGCUACCACAAGAGUUGAGAUUGCAAAGAAAAAUUCCAAAGACCUUUCUCCCAAUGGUAUCAUUAAUCUAUUCUCCAAGAAAUUGAAUGAAUGUGUUGAAAAUUCUCCAAAAAUAUCGGGUGGUACUGAGAAUAAGAAAGUUAUUCCACGAUUAAAACAAUCCAGAUAUGGAGAAGUUUUAACGACGGAAGAAGUAAUGAACAAGCUCAAAGAAGCCGAAGAGAAAAAGAAAGUUAAGCAGACCAAAGGAAAACGAGUAAGUAUCUGUUCCAAAAAAAACAAAAGACGAUAAUUUUAAGCAGAUGAAGAUAUCGAAAACAAAGAAGCAGAAACCAAAGAAAUACUGUUUCAUCAGAUAGUGAGGAAAGUGUUGCUAGCUUAAUUCAUUUGACAAAUGAUGACUCUGAUGACGACAUGCUCCCACUUUCCUCAUUUGUUCAACCAAAGCCUGUUAAUUAUAAAUAAAUCAAAUGGGAAGAGAUCAAGACAGAUGUUUUUCUUCUGGUUAAAUUUGUUGGAGGGGCUAGAAAAGCGACUACUUACAAAUACAUCUUUGUAGUUAAAGAGAAAGACAAAGAAGAUCACGAAAUUGCUAUUGAGGGAUUGCGAGCGCUCAAUGAAGUUUGCGCUGAUUUUUAUAUUAAUGAGAGUAUGAGAGUGAGGAAUCUUUCAUACAAAUGGACAUGGUUGUAGCCAUUCUUCCUCAGCCUGAAAGUAAAUUCGAAAAACCAUAAUUAUGUAUUUUGAUAUAUUAUUAUAUGUUUGCAGGUUUACAUUUUUACCUGCUAUAUAUUUGAAAACUGUUUUUCGCUUUAAAUAAAUAAUAACAUUAAAGGUAGAGAGUUUUGUUUAGAAUUUUCAUUUUUAUCAUGGGACAAAUGUAAACAACCAAAUUACGACUUGAACUGAUGCAAAUUAAUUUUAAUAUCAUUUGUUCGAUAUUACCCCACCUAUUCGAAUGUAGGAGUCAAUACAGAAGAAUCAUUUCGUUUACAUUUACCUCGAAUUUUUUUUACCAUCACCCCAAAAUUCUCAAAAACGAAAAAAAUCUGGGGAAUUGUAAACAUUGACUAUUUUUUUUUUUAAUUUAUUUUUUCAAGUUGGCAAUUGAAAUUUAUGUAGAAUAUACCCUAGAAUAUCUGCCUAUUUAAAAUGACUUUAUAUUUAAUACUUUUAAAGUCAAGACUGGGGGAACCUUACUUUAUCAAAACUGUUUACAGUUCCCCCGGUUAACCCUACAUAUUUUUAAGUUAAAGUCUUUACCGUAAGGAUAGAUAUUUAGAAAAUUAUGUAUUUAUUAAAUUCACUUUAUCAUCCUGUAGAAUAAAAACUGGGACGUUUACAGGAAAAUGAUAUUUAGCUUUUCUUAAUAAUUAGUUAAGAUAUGCAAAUCCCCCAGUUUACCGUACUUUACUCUGAAACACCCUGUAUAUGUUUUACCAACUAGAAUGAUAGCAAUAAAAAUCAGAUAAAUCUUUUCAUGAUGGGGGCGUGCUAAAAUAUAUUGUCAUGGUGAUAGAAAAAUCCGUUUGACUUUUAUUUAUUACACCAAUUUUCAAUACGUUUUAGGUAAUUUUUUUAUUAAAAUAAUAUUCGAUUUAACAACGUAUCAUACCAUUUAAAACGUAUUGAAUAAUUUUUAAUCACAGAAUAACCCAUUUAAUAGUAAUUAAUAUAGAAUGUAGAGACUUUUAUAUUCUUGAUAUAACCAAUAAUUUUUUCCAACUAGAAGGACAAAAAGCCAUUGACUGCCUUUAAAAUUAGUUUAGAAUAAUCAGGAGGUUAAUUAAAUAAAAAAUUA